UCGCGGCCCGGCGGCCUGCGGAAGCGCGGCGGCCUGGCUAGGCCUGCUCGCGGGGCGGCGCGCCGACUGCGCGGGGGCGUGGCCUGCACCCCUGACUGCGCCGCCCUGCCGGCCUUUGAUGAGGUGGCCGCCGCUCGCUCCCUGGGCCCCAGUCGGUUGCCCGCGCGGGCCGACUCUGCUGCCCUCCAGACGCCGGGCAUGCGACUUGUUGGAGUGUGAAAUUCUAGGGGCCGGGUUCCUCCCUCGAGCGGCUUCAUUUCCGACUGGACAGUUCUGCGGGUCUCAGAGGCCCUUUGGUCCGCUCAGGGUCUGAGUGUUUCUUCCAGCAUGUCGGAGGGGGAGUCCCAGACAGUACUCAGCAGCAGCUCAGAUCCAAAGGUAGAAUCCUCAUCUUCAGCUCCUGGAGUGACAUCAGUGUCACCUCCUGUGACCUCCACAACCUCAGCGGCUUCCCCAGAGGAAGAAGAAGAAAGUGAAGAUGAAUCUGAGAUUUUGGAAGAGUCACCCUGUGGGCGCUGGCAGAAGAGGCGAGAAGAGGUGAAUCAACGGAAUGUACCAGGUAUUGACAGUGCAUACCUGGCCAUGGAUACAGAGGAAGGUGUAGAGGUUGUGUGGAAUGAGGUACAGUUCUCUGAGCGCAAGAACUAUAAGCUGCAGGAGGAAAAGGUUCGUGCUGUGUUUGAUAAUCUGAUUCAGUUGGAGCAUCUUAACAUUGUUAAGUUUCACAAAUACUGGGCUGACAUUAAAGAGAACAAGGCCAGGGUCAUUUUUAUCACAGAAUACAUGUCAUCUGGGAGUCUGAAGCAGUUUCUGAAGAAGACCAAAAAGAACCAUAAGACUAUGAAUGAAAAGGCAUGGAAGCGCUGGUGCACACAAAUCCUCUCUGCCCUAAGCUACCUGCACUCCUGUGACCCCCCCAUCAUCCAUGGGAACCUGACCUGUGACACCAUCUUCAUCCAGCACAACGGACUCAUCAAGAUUGGCUCUGUGGCUCCUGACACUAUCAACAAUCACGUGAAGACUUGUCGAGAAGAGCAGAAGAAUCUACAUUUCUUUGCACCAGAGUAUGGAGAAGUCACUAAUGUGACAACAGCAGUGGACAUCUACUCCUUCGGCAUGUGUGCACUGGAGAUGGCAGUGCUGGAGAUUCAGGGCAAUGGAGAGUCCUCAUAUGUGCCACAGGAAGCCAUCAGCAGUGCCAUCCAGCUUCUAGAAGACCCAUUACAGAGGGAGUUCAUUCAAAAGUGCCUGCAGUCUGAGCCUGCUCGCAGACCAACAGCCAGAGAACUUCUGUUCCACCCAGCAUUGUUUGAAGUGCCCUCACUCAAACUCCUUGCUGCCCAUUGCAUUGUGGGACACCAACACAUGAUCCCAGAGAAUGCUCUGGAGGAGAUCACCAAAAACAUGGAUACCAGUGCUGUACUGGCUGAAAUCCCUGCAGGACCAGGAAGAGAACCAGUUCAGACUUUGUACUCUCAGUCACCAGCUCUGGAAUUAGAUAAAUUCCUUGAAGAUGUAAGGAAUGGUAUCUAUCCUCUGACAGCCUUUGGGCUACCUCGGCCCCAGCAGCCACAGCAGGAGGAGGUGACAUCACCUGUCGUGCCCCCCUCUGUCAAGACUCCAACACCUGAACCAGCUGAGGUGGAGACUCGCAAGGUGGUGCUGAUGCAGUGCAACAUUGAAUCGGUGGAGGAGGGAGUCAAACACCAUCUGACGCUUCUGCUGAAGCUGGAGGACAAACUGAACCGGCACCUGAGCUGUGACCUGAUGCCAAAUGAGAACAUCCCCGAGUUGGCAGCUGAGCUGGUGCAGCUGGGCUUCAUUAGUGAGGCUGACCAGAGCCGGCUGACUUCUCUGCUAGAGGAGACCCUGAACAAGUUCAAUUUUGCCAGGAACAACACCCUCAACUCAGCCGCUGUCACCGUCUCCUCUUAGAGCUCACUCGGGCCAGGCCCUGAUCUGCGCUGUGGCUGUCCCUGGACAUGCUGCAGCCCUCCUGUCCCUUCCCCUCAGUCAGUAUUACCCUGUGAAGCCCCUUCCCUCCUUUAUUAUUCAGGAGGGCUGGGGGGGCUCCCUGGUUCUGAGCAUCAUCCUACCCCUCCCUUCUCUUCCUCCCCUCUGCACUUUGUUUACUUGUUUUGCACAGACAUGGGCCUGGGCCUUCUCAGCAGCCGCCUUCUAGUUGGGGGCUAGUCGCUGAUCUGCCGGCUCCCGCCCAGCCUGUGUGGGAAGGAGGCCCAUGGGCACUGAGGGAGCCGAAUUCUACAAUCCCGCUGGGGCGGCCAGGCGGGAGAGAAAGGUGGUGCUGCAGUGGUGGCCCUGGGGGGCCAUUCGAUUCGCCUCAGUUGCUGCUGUAAUAAAAGUCUACUUUUUGCUAAAA